AUGGCUUCGAGGCUCGCUUCUGCUUCCGCGCUGCUUCUGCUCGCCACGGCCUUGGCGUGCGUCGCGCGCGCCGCGACGGCCGCGAAGAUCUCGCAGAUGUACGUGUUCGGCGACGAGUCGGCGGACGUGGGAAACGCGAAUUACUUCAUGCGCGCAACCGUGAAGGCCAACAAGGCACCGUACGGCCUCAGCUUCAAGCCCGCGUCGGGCCGCUUCUCCGACGGCAAGCUCGUUGUCGACUACCUAGCCGACUUCCUCGCGAUCGCCUCGCCGCGCGCCGAUCUCGCGCCCCGCAAUGCGUCUCUUCCCUUCACUGGCCUCGACUACGCCAUGGUUGGCGCGGGCGCCAAAUCCGGCACCAACGGCGGCAAGACGCGCGGGCUGCAGCAGCAGUUCAACGAGUUCAAGAAGUGGUUCAACGAGGCCAAGCGCACCAACAACCCCGACCUCAAGCUGGACGAGGCUCUAUUCGUGGUGAGCAUCGGCUCCAACGACUAUCUCGCUGAGCUCAGCAGCUCGCAGCCCAACAUGACGACUCUCGUCGCCCUCGCCUCCUCCGUUUCCAACCUCGUUAUAAACAUCACCCAGUCUCUCUACAACCUCACCGGCUCCUCCAACAUCGUUAUUGUCGACCUGCCGAAUCUCGGCUGUGUUCCCGCCGUGCGCCGUGCGGCUGGCAGUGGAAUCAGCUGCACCGAAGCUGGUAACCAGGUUACCAUUAUCCACAAUUUCGCACUGCUGACGAAGACAGACAAGCUGAGAAAUAACCCCGCCCUGCCCAUGCCGAACCUGGUGCUCUUCAAGCAAUCAGCGGUCUUCAAGACUAUGAUUCAAGUCCCCACCUCCGGCCUGACGAACCAGACGCACCCGUGCUGCGAGGCGGUGACAAGCACGGGGGUGGUGGUGGCGUGUGCGCAGACCAGCGGCACCGGCAAGGCAGCGGUAACGGCAGGGCCGUGUGCGGCGCCAAGCAAGGCGGUGUGGUGGGAUGCGCGCAACCCCACGCAGGCGGUGAACCAGAAGGUGGCCAACACCCUCUUCUUCUCCACCAACCCCGCCAUGGUCCGCCCCAACGGCCUCCGCAAGUUCUACUCGCUCUAG